AUGGUGGGUCAGAGGGCCCCGUACACACCACUCAGCCUUCUGCUGCUGGCACCCCUGUGCCUUCUGCAUCCAGGGAUCUCAGCUGACGUUGCCUCUCUGUCUCCAGGGCAGCCCCAUUCGGCCCCAGGAGCCCCCGAGGAGGCCCCCUCCAUCCAAGGAGUGCGGGGAGGCUCCGUGGAGCUGGCCUGUGACUCCCAGCCUGCCCCCGUGGUGGUCUUCUGGAGCUUCACUCCCCUGGGCUCACUGAUUCCCCGGCCUGUGGCUGUCACCAACAGAGCUGAGUCCAAGGUGGAGGCCGGGGCGUCAGCUCUGGGCGCCGUGAGUCUGCGGAACAGCAGCCUGGUGCUGGGGGAGCUGCGGGAGGGGGCCCGCGGCCACUUCCUGUGCCAGGCCCUGCACAUGGCUGGCGGCCAGCUCCACACAACCUACUCCUCUCUCGCUCUGGCCGUGCUGGUGCCCGUAUCGAAGCCUCAGGUGCGGCGGAGUGACCUGUCCCCAGUGGAGGGGACCUCCGUGGUGGCCACAUGUGCAGUGUGGGAGGGCACGGAGCCCAUGACCUUUGCCUGGCAGCAUCAGGCACCCCGAGGCCCUGGAGAGGCUCUGGUAGGGGUCACAAAGCAUCUGAUCCAGCUGGACCCAGUCAACCGGACACACCUGGGCUGGUACACACGCACGGCCCAUAAUGCUGUCAACUGGCUAAGCAGCGAUGGAGUCUUCCUGGAUGUCAUCUAUGGUCCAGACACCCCUGUGAUCACCGUGGAGCCGCUGGGCUUCACUGAGGAGGGGUUUUGGGCCAGUGAGAGGGAAGAGGUGACCCUGAGCUGCCUGGCCGCAUCCAACCCCCCCAGCCACUAUGUGUGGCUCCGCGACCACACUCAGGUCCACACUGGGCCCAUCUAUGUCAUCGCCAGUGCUGGCCGUGCCCACACAGGCCUGUACACCUGCCUGGCCCACAACAGCCUCCUGGACACCGGCACCCAGACCAGUGUCCAGCUCACCAUCUCCUGUGAGCCUGAGGGGCAGCCCUCCUGUGCUGUGCUCCCCACCCUCGGGGCACUGACUUGGGUCUGCACCUGGCCUGGGGGGCUUCGGGCUGCCCACCUGCAGUGGGACGGGCCCCCGGGAACGGGCCCCGCUGCCCUCAGCAACAUCACCUGGAGUCACACGGCCACCCAGCUCCCCAACAGCAGCGUCUCCACCUGCACCGGCCAGCACCCAGCCCUGGCUCUGCCCGCCCUCUGCAGCAUCACGCUGUGGGAACCCCUCCGCAGCCCCACCUGCUGGACCACGGCUACAAUCGGAGAGCAGUUCACCACGCCGAGCUGUGAGUGGCCUGGAGGCGAGCCCCCUGCGCUGCUGAGCUGGCUUGAUGGACGGCAGCAGCCCUUGGGCAGCAGCGGCACCUCGCUGGCUGCCCACCUCCUGCAAGCCCAGGAAGACCUGGCUGGCAGAGGGUUCACGUGCCGCGGCACUCACCCGCUCAGGGUCCCCGACCCUCUCUGCCAGCUCCAGCUAGAAGCCCCACAGCUGGAAGUGACUGAGGCCCGGGUGUCAGUGCUGGAGCGGGGAGAGGCCUGGCUGGGAUGUGCCCUCCUGGGGGGCACGCCGCCCGCCCAGCUCCUCUGGCUGGGCCCCCAGCGAUGGCAGGUGGAGCCAGGCCCUUCGGGACUCACACUGCACCCUGAGGGUGCCCAGCUGCGCCUGAGUGUCCGGGAUGCCGACCCAGCCCACCACAGGGGCACCUACCAGUGUGUGGCCUGAAACGCCUUGGGCAGCAGCAGUCAGAGCAUCCUGCUGGAGGUCCUGAGGCAUCCAGCACCCCCCAAUGUCACCAUCAGCUGCCUGACCUACAGGAGACGCCGGAGCGAGGUGCAGCUACCGUGGGCCGCCCGAGGCCCCGGCAACCUGACGGGCUUCCUGGUGCAGUGGAGGGCCAGCGUCCCAGGCCCCGGGGCAGGGGCUUUGGAGACCGCAGCUGGCGACAUCGAGCCAGAGAGCAGGGGCCGGCGGCUGGGGGGCUUGGACCCGGGGGUCCUCUAUGCCUUCCGUGUGCGGGCUCUGAAUCACUGCACAGCUGGACACCCUGAGGUGAAGACACCAGUGGAGCCCCUCUUCAGCGCCUAUCCUGCAGUGCUGGGUGUGGCAGGCCCAGGAAUGGUGGUGGCAACAGUGGCCUCUCUGCUAGUGUUCCAGUAUGUUGCCCGGUACCCGGGCACCUUCCCCUGUCUUGGGCGGUUGCUUGUUCCCAGGGAGCAAAGUCACCAAUAUUGGGGUUCACGGGGUGGCUCUGAGGCAGUGGCGGGCACUGAACCACCACCCACCACCCCAGGUUCGGAUCCUGCACAAGAAUCCACGGAAGCUCCAGUAAACGUCACCAUCACAGUGACGGCCACACCAUAA